AUGAGAGCCUCGGACGAGCGUCGUAACGGUCGGGAACGACGCGGGAAUCAAGAGCCCGAUCAUGAUGACAAUAGCCAACAACCUGCUCCAAAUGUUUUGCCUGAACAACAGACAACCACAAAAGCAGGAAAACCAAGGCAGCGCAUAGCAUGGGCUACAAAAAUGAAUGAAGAUAUUAUGCACUGCUACUACACUGCAACGAAAUUGGACACACUGAAAACAGGAUACAGAACAGAUUUCCAUAGACUAUUUAUACAAUUAUAUCCACAAUACGAACACAAAAUAACUGCACAAGGAAUAUCAGACCAAAAGCGAGCAAUAAUGACAAAUAAACUUUUAACCGACGUCAACAUUGAAAAUAUUAAACAAGAAGUAGCCAAUAAAAUAGCUAACAUACACAACAACAAUAUAGAGCAGAACAUUACACAAAAUCCUAAUAAUAAUAACCAAAUAAACGAUUUAAUAGACCAAAAUAAUAAUGAAGAACAAAGUCCCAAUAGAAACACAAACAGAGCUGAAAUCACAAACAACCCGGACAACGAUAUGAUCGCAAAAACUCUAAAUGAAAUAAACACUAAUCUAAUAAAGUGGGAAGCCUCGGACGAGCGUCGUCAGGGUCGAGGACGACGCGGGAACACAUUGCUCGACCAAGAUGCAGAAACGAACCCGAACUCCACGGAUAACCGCGAACAACAAAAAGCUGGAAGUGUUUUGCAUUCUGAAGAAGCAACCACCAAAGCUGGAAAACCACGACAACGUAUGACUUGGACACGAGAAAUGAAUAUAAAUGUCAUGCGAUGUUAUUACAAAAGCACCAACAUAGAAACAAAUAAAACUGGAUACCGUGAAGAUUUGCAUAGAUUAUUCGUUGAAAUAUACCCUCAAUAUGCAAACAUAACCCAACAGAGAGUAGUAGACCAGAAACGCACUAUUGUAACAAACAAUCGUCUAACAGCUGUAGAACUGCAAAAUAUAAAAGAGGAAAUUGCAAAAGAAUUACAAAGUGGCAGUCAGGAUAACAACAACAACUCAACAAUAGAAUCACAACUGGAAACCAAUAACCCAAAUAAUACUGCACAACACAGUGAACAUAUAGAAAUUGAAAACAAUAACCCAAAUGAUAAUAAUACCCCAACUCUACAAACUACUUUAAUAAACAAUAACAACUUAUUGGAAAUGGAGCCUCACAAUAUACCUGCGGAUACGUCACCACCAUCAACAACCCCCUUUAGAGAAAGCGAUUCGGUGCAUCAUGAGGCGGGAACACCACGAACUUCCCAAUCCGUGUGGUCUCAGGGUAAUGAUGCGUCUGCUCAUUUGAAAACGCAAAAUGAGUACCGCAUCAAGGUCAAACAGCGUCAACAAAUUCUGGAUAGAAUCAACAUCGAUCGCAUACUUCCGCAUCUUAGCAGUAUUUCCGUGCACGAGCUCGAGGCAAAAUUAUCGGUACUGGAACGUCAGUACGAAUCAUUUCACCAUCUACAAUCAGAAUUGGAGCUAAUGAACGAUGAAGAACUCAAUCAACCACAUCGGGAUACAUUCGAUGAAUCCUUUUGUGCGGCGAAGGCAAUAAUAGUGCAGCGCAUAAAUGUGCUUAACCCCGCACGCCGAGAAACUAUAUUCAACAGCACAGCGAUUGCAUCUCCGUCACAUCGAGUCAACCUUCCGAAACUUCAACUCACGAAAUUCAAUGGUCAUCAUAGAAAUUGGAUGGAUUUUUACAACAUGUUCUUAGCGCUCGUUCACAACAACAGCCAAUUAGCAAACAUCGAGAAGUUUCAGUACCUCCGAUCAUGUCUCGUCGACUCAGCAGCUAGCCUCAUACAAUCGUUUGAGGUGACCGAUGAAAAUUAUAUCAAGGCGUUGGAUCUGUUACAGUCUAGAUAUGGAAACAAGCGGCUAAUUUUCCAAGCUCAUAUCCAACAUAUUUUCGAAGUACAGGGAGAAACAAGGCCGAAUGCAUCAUCGAUGAGGGCGUUCAUAGACGUCGUCAAUACCAACUUACGAGCUGUGCAAUCACUAGCUUCAAAUCAGCAAGUAUCAGAUGGCAUACUCUUGCAUCUGGUAUCCUCAAAGCUCAAUACAGACACGAAGGCCAAGUGGGAGGAAGAGGUUACCCACUUGUUUGAUCAGCGAUCAACUGCCAUGAGUUUUCAACUGCCCACUUGGGAGGACUUAGCAAAAUUCUUAGAACGUCGUUGUCAAAUUGCAGAUAUUUUGGAAGCCGGGCAGCCUAAAACACUCGUACCAAGAACUCAGCUAACAACACAUAGGCACAACAAACGUGACGAAAAAUGGGCCAUGCCAUUACCAACAUAUCACCAAGAGCAGGUUUGCUCUCAUCAUCUGCUCUUAAGUGAGCAUCCGAGCUCGCGCUCUGCUAGAUUCCGGAUCUCAACUGCAUUUCAUCACGGAAAAUUGGCACAACAUUUAAGAGUAACUCGAAAGGGCGUAGAUAUCGACGUCAGUGGAAUAGGUCAAAGGAGAGCAAAGGCACAACAUUUAUGUUGCAUAACGAUUAAAUCUCUAACCGAAGAGUAUAGUGCUACCAUUGAUGCACUAAUCAUACCAUCCAUUACGUCUUGUCAACCUAGUCGUCGCAUCGAUCAGGCAACCAUUUCGAUUCCAGAUACCAUUUCCAUCGCUGAUCCGACAUUCAACAUACCAGGACAGAUUGACAUACUCAUUGGAGCAGGAUUAUUUUUUGAGAUACUUAGUAAGGGCCAAAUACGUCUCAAUGGUCCAGUAAUACAAAAUACCAAAUUUGGUUGGGUGGUUGCAGGUGCAAUUCCUGCGCACGUAACAUCAGCAGCUGAUCCAUCACCUCCAUACAAAGCAUUCACAUCAGUCACAUCAGAGUCCAUUUUAGAUAAGCUCCUGGAAAGGUUUUGGGCAAUCGAAGACAUUCCAGCAUCGUCAUCGUCGACUCUAUCAUCGGAUGAGCUCGAAUGUGAAUCCUAUUUCAGCUCUACUACUCACAGGUGUCCCGUUACCAACAAGUUCAUUGUUCCCCUUCCAUUUCGUGAAGAACCGCAUCACCUGGGUGCUUCAGAAGAAACCGCAGGCAAAAGAAUGUUUUCGUUAGAAUCCAAACUGAAUCAAAACUCAAAUCUUCGCAGAGAUUACAAUGAAUUCAUGGAAGAAUAUAUCAAUAUGAAGCAUAUGAUUCCAGUUAAUUUAGAAUAUUCUCCAAGAAAUCGCCUAAACUAUAUUCCCCACCACGGGGUUACAAAACUUGAUAGCUCGACUACAAAGCUGCGGGUAGUCUUUGACGCCUCCUGCAAAACCUCAAAUGGAUAUUGCCUAAACGAUAUGUUGAGAGUCGGUCCCCAGCUACAAGAUACGAUAUUCACAAUUUUGACCCGAUUCAGAAGACACAAAUAUGUCAUUAUGGCUGACAUUGCCAAAAUGUAUAGGCAAAUCUGGGUCGACGAACGAGAUACCCAAUGGCAAUGCAUUUUCUGGCGCCCCACUUCUCAACAACCACUUACCACAUAUCAGCUACAAACAGUUACCUAUGGUACUAGUUGCGCACCGUACCUUGCUGUAAAAUGUCUACAACAGCUGGCAAUUGAUGAAGCGAAAACUUACCCAAUCGGAUCAAAGGUAACACUAAGCGAUUUCUAUGUAGACAAUUUAAUAAGUGGCGCAGCUAGUAUCGGCGAGGUCAUCGAAAUCAAAAAUCAAACCAUAAACUUACUGAAUUGCGCGGGAUUUCCUUUACGAAAAUUUGCAUCGAACGCAUCCGAAAUUGUUGCCGAUAUUUUACCAGAAGACAAGGAAGAGACAAUUCGUUUCCAUGACACUGAGUUUGUAAAAACGUUAGGGUUAAAAUGGUCACCAGUUGAGGAUUGCUUUCUAUUUCAUUUGGUAGCGGAUAAUAGCGUUAAAACUACAAAGCGUUCAAUUCUAUCAAAAUUGGCAAGUUUUUUUGAUCCGAUAGGUCUCCUCAAUCCUUUGAUUGUAACAUGUAAAAUUUUGAUGCAACAACUGUGGAAGCUGAAGUCGCCAUGGGAUGAUGAGGUCCCACCCGGGAUCAAGGUUCAUUGGGAACUAUUCAAUAAACAACUACCGCUUUUACAAACAUUAAAAAUACCCAGGUAUGCUAAUAUUGAUAUCGAUACUAAACUUCACGCAUUUGCAGAUGCAAGCACUAAGGCAUAUGGAGCAUGUGUGUAUGCAGCAUGGAGUGAUGCAUAUGGUGAGCAUUCGUCACUACUCUGUGCUAAAUCUCGAGUGGCACCAACGAAAGAGAUUACAUUACCUAGGCUAGAACUUUGUGCAGCCCUAAUGGCCGCAGAACUGAUGUCAGCAGUUAACAACAUACUCAAUCUUCCUGGCGCAAAUGUAUACUGCUGGUCAGAUAGCACAAUUGCGCUUGCUUGGAUAGCAGCUGAACCGUCGAGAUGGAACGUUUUCGUGGCCAACAGGGUAGCAAAAAUACAGCAAUUAACGAAAACCUUUUCCUGGAAUCACGUACCAACAGACCAGAAUCCCGCUGAUAUUGUAUCACGUGGAGCAUGUGCCAGCGAACUUUUGCAAAAUACACUUUGGUGGCACGGACCAAAAUUUAUCCAACAGAGCUGUGAUUAUUGGCCUUCAGCAGUGCAUGUACCACAAAACGAAUUACCAGAACAGCGGCUUCAAAGAACUGCAUUAAUUGCUAUUCCAACUUCUGACUUCAUUAGUAAACACAAGUAUGUUAAUAGCUACAUGAAAUUGCUGAGAAUUUUUGCUUAUAAGACAUCCACGCCAUUGAGAUUGGAGAACAACAUCGCAACUCAAAGCUAAUUGCAUUGUCG